AUGCGUGGAAUUGAUAACGCUAACCAGCCAAUGUUUACUCGAGUCGCAGCAACACGCGAAAUGCGUCACCCUAUUUAUGAGGACCAGGCGCACGCGCAGGCCGGCGCGUCGAGGUGGACUGACUGCCGAGCGGCGCGAUACCUGCGCUCACCUGUCCCUCCCUCCCCCCUGCCAUCAGGAACCGGAUGGCACUCCAAAACAAAACGGUCAACAAAGGACGUGCCACGAAUGUUCGCGCCACCGAAUGCGUCCACAGAAGGGUCGCCGCCCGGGGGCUGUUUCUGUUUGAGCGGGGACUAUUACACAACACUUGACUCACGCGCCGAAAACUUAAUGAUUUAUUGUCGUCGAGUUACCACAACGGACAAUCGAUUCGGAAUAAAACGAAUGCGCACAAAGCGAAAACAGCUGAAAGUGUUAAUUCGAAAUGAUUGCUCAAUCUAA